GGCCUCCACUUGAUAACAGUGAAGUUGAGGUGAGCUGGUGGAGGAGGAGGAGGAGGAGGAGGGAGGGUGAGAGAAAAAUGGUGAUGUGGUACGAAGAGGAGCUGGAGUGAGGGAUACAUCCGUCCAUUGGGGAUCUGAGCAGCCCAGCUGAGGGGACACAACGGAAUCCCAAGUUUUCUUUUUUGUUCCGAGGACGGGGCAGCUGCUCUGAUUUGAAGAUCUCCAAUCAAAGUUCAUGUGAAGAAGAAACAGGAGGGAGGACAUCAGCUUCCUGGUCCCGGGCUGCAUGGGGAGGAGGGGGGGUGGGGGACAGAGAAAAGAUAUAUAUUAUAUAUCCAUGCCUUGUGUUGGAGCAUUUGGAGAAGUGGCUCUGCUGUGGCCUAGAUGACACACACACACAUAUAUAUGUAUUUAUAUAUAUAUAUAUAUAUAUAUAUAUAUAUAUAUUAAAAAAAUGAAACCUUAGGAGGAGGAGGAGUGGACUCAAAGUAAAGCACUUGAGCAAAAAGAAAGAAAGAGGAAAAAGAAAAAAGGCUGAAGUGGGCUGAAGCAUGGGCUGUGCUUCAAGUAUUCAUAUCUCUGAUAGGGUGGUCUACCACAGUGGAAAAGAGUCCGAGGAUUCCCACUCACCCCAGCAGACCAAUACCACUCAGCAUCAAGGAAAUCCUGCCCCGGGACUACCCCUGAAACCCCCCAACUGCAAGACCACAUCCACAGAGGUGCAAUUUGGACCAAUGAAGUUAUUUAAAGACCCACUUCAGGUACUUUUAGUUUUUGCCAAAGAGGACAGUCAGAGCAAUGGCUUCUGCUGGGCAUGUGAGAAGGCGAACUUCAGGUGCAGCAUUGCGCGAACGCCCGAGUCGGCUCUUGAAUGCUUCUUGGAGAAGCAUCACGACCUCGUCAUCAUUGACCACAGACAUUCCAGACACUUUGACGCUGAAGCACUAUGCCGGUCAAUUAGAGCGGUCAACUCUUCAGAAAACACUGUGAUAGUCGCCGUUGUGAAAAGGCCAGACAGAGAAGAAGCCUCUGUGAUGCCCCUGAUCAAUGCUGGCUUUAAUAGGAGAUAUGUGGAGAAUGCCAAUAUGAUGGCCUGCUACAAUGAGCUGCUACAGUUGGAGCAUGGAGAGGUGCGGGCGCAGUUCAAACUGAGGGCUGGAAAUGCUAUUUUCACAGCUCUAGAACAAAGCCAGGAGGCCAUAGAGAUCACUUCUGAAGAUCAAGUAAUUCAAUACGUGAACCCUGCCUACGAGUCCAUAAUGGGCUACCAACAAGGCGAGCUAAUAGGGAAGGAAAUAAUAGAAGUGCCUAAAAGUGAAAAGAAUAAGCCUGAUCUCCUUGAAACAAUAAACUCCUGCAUACGGAAAGGAAAGGAGUGGCAGGGGAUUUAUUAUGCCAAAAAGAAGAAUGGAGACAGCAUACAGCAAAAUGUGAAGAUCACACCUGUAAUUGGGCAGGGAGGAAAAAUCAGACACUAUGUGUCUAUCAACAGGCCUUUAAAUGAUAAUAAUAAGAGUGAAAAAGCUUGUGAACGUGUGCAGGCAGAGUCUCAGACAGACAUACAAUCCAGUAAGCACAAAGACCGAAGGAAAGGCUCUCUGGACGUAAGAUCCACAACAUCUCGUGGGAGCGAUGGGAGCUCACAGCGAAGGCACUCCUCGAUGGCCCGCAUCCACUCCAUGACUAUCGAAGCUCCCAUCACCAAGGUAAUCAACAUCAUCAAUGCAGCGCAGGAAAGCAGCCCAAUGCCCGUAGCAGAAGCCUUGGAUCGGGUACUGGAGAUCCUGAGGACCACUGAGCUCUACUCCCCGCAGUUGGGCACCAAGGAUGAAGACCCCCAUACGAAUGACCUUGUGGGGGGGCUGAUGACGGACGGUUUACGCAGAUUGUCAGGAAAUGAAUACAUAUUGGCCACAAAACAGCCCCACCAUAUCCCCAGUCACCUGACAACUCCUCUGUCGCUAAACGACAUCCCCCCUCGUAUCGCCCAGACCAUGGAGAAUGAGGACUCUUGGGACUUUGACAUCUUCAACUUGGAGGCUGCAACCAUGAAACGGCCUUUGACCUACUUGGGCCUGAAGAUCUUCUCCCGCUUUGGGGUCUGCGAAUUCCUAAACUGCCCCGAGGCAACUUUGCGCUCCUGGCUACAAGUGAUUGAGGCCAACUACCACUCCACUAACUCCUACCACAACUCCAGUCAUGCAGCUGAUGUCCUGCACGCAACAGCCUAUUUUCUCUGCAAGGAGAGAGUCAAGCAAAGUUUGGAUCCCAUUGACGAAGUGGCUGCGCUGAUCGCGGCAACAGUGCACGACGUGGACCACCCAGGACGCACCAACAGCUUCCUGUGCAAUGCAGGGAGCGAGCUGGCCAUCCUCUACAAUGACACGGCUGUGCUGGAGAGCCACCACGCAGCGCUGGCCUUCCAGAUCACCACGAGAGAUGAUAAGUGCAACAUCUUCAAGAACAUUGAAAGGAAUGAAUAUCGAACACUACGACAGGCCAUCAUUGACAUGGUGCUGGCAACUGAGAUGACAAAACAUUUUGAACAUGUCAACAAAUUUGUCAACAGCAUCAACAAGCCACUGGCUGCUUUGGAGGAGAAUGGGGGAAAUGGUGAUGAGGAGUCUGUCAAAGGCAUUCUGACAUCCCCUGAGAAUCGCAUCCUUGUUAAGCGAAUGCUGAUUAAGUGUGCGGACAUUUCCAAUCCAUGCAGGCCUCAGGAGCUCUGUAUAGAAUGGGCUGGACGCAUCUCAGAGGAGUAUUUUGCACAGACGGACGAGGAGAAGAGGCAAGGUCUGCCAGUGGUUAUGCCUGUGUUUGACAGAAACACCUGUAGCAUCCCAAAGUCCCAGAUUUCCUUCAUAGACUACUUCAUUACGGACAUGUUUGAUGCAUGGGACGCUUUCGCAGACCUCCCCAAUCUUAUGCAGUACAUGGACAACAACUUCAAAUACUGGAAAGGCCUGGAUGAGAGGAAGCUGCACAGCCUGAGACCGCCUCCAGAGUAGGUGCUGCAGUGUUCGGCCCUGGGACUCUGCGGUCCGGGGCAGCCGUCCUCUCUCCUGCUGGGGCGUCUCUCCUCCUGCCGGCCCAGCCGCCAGCCAAAGGGCCUCCUCGCCUUCACCUUCCCUCUUCUGUAGCACGCCAAGCGUCCACAUAUCCGUUGAUGCAGGAACCACAGAAGGACUUCCUGACGGGCAGUCGCAGCAGUGAACAUUUGCUGGCUUUUACGACCCUGUCAGAUGAGAACUGUGACAAACAGACACAGACACAAACCGCAUCCUUAUGAACUUCUUGUGCCUCUCAGGCAUUUGCAGUGUAGCUGGUCAUGUGACAUAACUGCGAGAGGGUCCUUAAAGGCCUUCUGGCUAAGCGUCCGUCCCCUAAUCACCACGCGGGCCCUCCGGUUUGCCUGUGAAGUUGCUGUUGAGUACAAACUGCUCGUUUACUGAAGGAGAAGGGAGGAGCAGAUGGUAACAUGGUCCGGCUUUGGUGUCCUAUCCUCACCGAGCCAUAUAAUCACCUUUGAUAUCCAUCCCUGUGCUCGCAGCAAGGCAGGACUGCUCCUUCUGCCCCUGGAGGCCACACCAUGAAAGAACACUCCACUGCUUCUUUUUUUUUGGCAAUAUUUUCAUGUGUCCUUCAGAAACACAUCUAAGUUGACAUGUAGCUGUCAUAACGGACAUUUUGGGGGGAUGCUUUCUUUCUGGGUCAGGGAAGUGGAUCUUUACUUUAGGCCACUGCUGAGAGACGAAAACCUCAACAUCUUGAUUAUAGGUAACUAAUUACAGAUGAUUUGGUAUGUUAAUUUUUCCUAGAUGUUCCAUAUUUUCUAUAUCAAAAUUCAUAAGUGAAUUAGUUGAUGAAUAAAAAAAAGAACAAAAUUUAUUUUAAAAAAUAAAGAAAAGCCAAAGCUGAUAAAUACUACUAUAACGCUCAAAAAAUUCACAAUUAUUAUUCAUAUGAAGCAUUACCAUAUUAAACAUUUUUAUUUUCUUAUCAAAACUAAAGUACCAGUUUGAAUGAACACUUUUGUAUUGCACUGUAAACAAUAUUAGAAAUGUCUACGUCUCAGUGAUUUGUCCAGGGAUGGGGGGUUGCAUUGGAGAAUAAGCUGUUAUUGUUGAUCAUCAGGAGUGUGUGCGUGUGCGUGUGUGUGUGUGUGUGCGUGCGCGUGUGUUUGGGUAUGUGUGUUUGGGUUGUAGGAGCGGUUGAGUGGGUACAUUCAUUGUUGCAACAGUCCCUUACUCUUGGUUUAAUGCUGUAAACCGCUUGACAUUUGAAAACAGCAGAAAUAUGUGAAAACAUUUUGGACUUGAAAAAAAUUUUCUCCCAGAAAUUUUUGUAUCUGGUUUAUCCUACUGAAAAGACUGCCUUAUUUUAUACAAUAUUUAUACAGUACAUCCCACUGUGCAACUGCAACGGACAUCUGGAGUUUUUAUUCUUAACAUAGUCAGAAGGUUAUGUUCAAGUAAAUCUCAAUAUUUUUAUAGACAAUGAAUUUUACACUGGAUUUGCAGCAAAUGAGAUCAACCGUUCUAGCUAUCUGAAUACCUGUGAAUUGGAUGGUCACACAGAACAUGUAUACAGAGAACUAAAUGGUUAAGAAGGAUGUGGAUCGCAGAGUUGUCUAUCACUGUCUUUAAGCAUUCUCCUAGAGGCCCGCUCGCAUUGAUUUUUGAUCAAACAUCAUUCUACUUUGGCCACUUGUCCAGCACCUUUAUGCACAGAUCCAGGGAACAGCUUUUUUUCUCAAGGUUGGUUUCAGAUUAGGAUACUAAUAUAUGUUAAAGAUUGUUGCAAUGCUUAUUAUUAAAAAUAGCUCCUCUUUAAACAGUAUAUAAAUGCCAUAACAGCUAAGAUAAUGAUGGUUAAUCGGCUGUAUUGACCAUGGUUGUCUUUGUUUCUCUCUUAUGACAGAAUUGUACACUCAAUCAGGGGAUUUGUUUGUUCCUUCUGAUUCACAUGUUGGUCUGAAGGCACGGAAAAAAAAAUAGACUAUUCAAUGAAAAAUAAAAAAUAAUGUCAAUUAUAA